GACUUAUCUAAGGUCUCACUUUUUAUCCUCUCUUUCUCUCUCUCUCUCUCUCUUAUUUUUUGGAUGUUGAUCCGAUUGAAUUUGUUUCUUUAUCUCUUUGAUGCUCAUCCGCUUGCCCGUUUCAUUGGAGUUAAGCCCCGCUUGCCGGUUUCAUGGGAGUUAUACCCUGUUCAUCCGCUUGCCCGUUUCAUGGGAAUUUGUUUUGUGCUUCAUAUUUUCUUCUUAAGACUUAUCUGAUGUUUCACUUUUUAUUCUCUCUUUCUCUCUCUCUCUCUCUCUCUCUCUUUUUUGGCUGGUUGAUCCGGUUUAAAUUGUAUCUUUUUCUCUCUGAUGUCUCAUCCGUUUGCCCGUUUCGUGGGAGUUAAGCCCAAACGAACAGGGUUUUAUUCAAUUGAUUAAUUCCAAACCCUUUUCAUUAAGAAACCCGGCCAUGAUAGUUUUAGCCCAUACCAAGACUCUUUUUUUUUUUUAUCGUUUUUUCACUUUUAGGCCCAUUCAUUUAUUUACCCUAGCCCAUGCAUAUAAAAUGAAAAACCCUUUUUCUAAACCUUUAAACCAUCUACGAACGGCGUCUGUUCUUGCCGAUCCACUUCUCAGUUCUUGCCGAUUCACUUUCGGUUUCACAGGUUGUAUGGAUUUUUCAUGGAUCACGAGAAUGCCUCAUUUGCUUUUCCCCGCAAUGAGGCAAUUUGAUAUUUGUUGGGAGACAGUGUCCGUCAGACAUCUUGAGUCUGUCAUGAUGAACAUUUGUUUGAUUCCCCUCACCAGACAGGACAUCAUCGUCUACGUUCCCAAUGAUUGUUUCCUGUCGGAUGGACCUGCCAUUUGUUUAUCUGACAUAUCAGAUUCCAUGGAGUUUACAUGGUUAAAGGAAAAGCCUUAUUUGCUUUGUGCUGUUAUCAAACAAAUAAUGGCGAUUUGCUGGGCAAUAGCGUUUGUCAGACAGCUUGAAUCGGUGUUGAAGAACAAAUGGUUGAUGCCUCUCACCGAACACCUUUCAAUACAGGAUUUCAUCGACCGCAUCCCUAAGCGACGGCUUCGCUCGGAUGGAGCAGCCAUAAGUUUACGAGAGGUUGGUUUUUACCUUCAAAAGUUUGGAGUUCUCCUUGAAAGUGAAUGUCGUCUGGCCUCUCCUGAGCGUAUUUUUGGUGUCAUUAAUCGACGGGAUAAACGUUUAAGGCGGUGCCCUAAGACAGUAGAAGUUCACUCCCUGCGUGUGUACCUUUACAAGUAUAAAGAAGAUGCUUUUAAGGGGUAUGGUAUCUUCCACUCUCGUCUUCAAACUCUGAUUAAAGAGAGUGGUCUUGUUUCAGUAAAUUUUUUGAGUUAUGAGAGCUACUGGCAAGAAAAAGGAAAGGGUAUUUUCUUCCCUACUGACGAGGAAAUGAAUUCUCCUCUGCCGACAUGUGGAUAUGUAAUUCUCGCCGCAGGUUCCUCUCAUGAUGAGAAUGGGAACUUGUAUUAUCUAUGCCAAGAGUCCGGUGGCACUGAAUUUGGUUUUGAUGGCUACUCUAGAGUCUACGCAAAUUUAAUAAAUGCUUAUGUUGAGAUGUCUGCCUGAGAGAGACCAACUUAAAUAAGAACUUCUUUGUGGCUUUGUCUUUACUUGGUUGAAUGGCUACUACUACUACCUCUCAUCAUUUUGUGAUGUUUUUUUUUUGGUUUUCGAGACUUGUCUACCUUUUGGAGAAUUCUGUUAGUCGCUUUGUGUUUUUUUUUUAUUUGUCGGUUUAGUUCAGUCUUCUUCGGUUGAUGAAAUUGAUGGUUAAUGGUGCA